AUGGACCGUCUUCUCAUAACUGACAAUCUUUCAGGUGAUAGGAGAUUUACCAUUGAUCAAAAUGAAAUUAAGAAGGCGGCUGUCGAUCACUUUCAAAAUUUCGCAGUUCCUAAUCUCCCUGCCUGUUCAAU